GGAAAGCUGUCAGUUUGAUCUCAGUGUUCGUCCAGGAUGCGCAGCUUCCUGCUGUAGCUGUGUCACCAUCUGGGCCUCGUGUGACGGGCUGAAUGGCCUCGUGCCCCUGUGUAACAGGCUCGAGAGGGGAGGGGCUGAAUGGCCUCGUGCCCCUGUGUAGCAGGCUCGAGAGGGGAGGGGCUGAAUGGCCUCGUGCUGCUCUUGUGUUGUUGCCAACUGGGUCAAUGUGUCUCUGUGUUGCAGACAGAACAGAUCAAGCGGUGUGAAUCGACUGUACACUAAUGACUCCAUCUUCCUGAAGGAAUGCCUGCGGAUCCCCAUCCCGAAGCAGGGGGCCCUGCAGAACGGGAGCAGGUUCCCGCAUGGAGCACCAGGACAGCCCGAACCUGCCUUGGAGCCGCCCAGCCCCGAGCUGUCUCCGACGGACUUCCUGAACACGCUGGACUCGAAAAUUACUCGGUCCAAGGCAGCAGCGAUCCGCACCCUGGACGAUGGAUCAGGCAGGCUGGACGGGGCAGUGGGCGGCUGCGGCGGUUCCCCUGUGGCCCGCGGCUGUCCCUCGGAGCGGCCCCCGGCGUCACGCCUCGCCUCGGCGCAGAGGGCACGCCUGGGUCCCAUGUGCCUGACCAAAAGUACCCGGGUCAGCACCUUACGGGAGACCGAGGACCAGAUCUUUGACCUUUGACAGGCAGCUCGGGCCGCGGGUGUGAGCCUGUGGGGACCUUCGGCAGAGCCAGGCCACGGCUUGGGUUCGAGCUGCACUGGACACGAAGCUGCGAGACUGCAAGCCCACUCUCUGUCCCAGAACUCAUGACUCUCUUUAACGCCAGAAACAUGCGGAAUCCGGCAGCUUUUUCACAGACGCUCCUGUCUGCAGCCGACAGCGACGGCCCGGAGAGAUUCGACAACUUGGGAGCAGCAGGACAACUCUUCCAGGCGGCAGGGUCAGGAAUUCCGAGUGCCCGCUGAUCGCCACCCUGUCACGGGCCAGGCCGCACUGCCUCGGCCUCGGUAAUCUGAUCAUCGCGGGAGCGGACUUUCGGAGCACGGUUACAAAUUGGUCGCGAUGCUCUGUCACAGCCUCGGAGGGAGCUGAGCCCUUCGCAGUCUCUCACACCCGCUCCAUCACUGCCACCUGCUGCCAUGUUCGCAGUCUCCCCCACCGCGCUCUCGCUCUCUUUUUCCCCCGCUCUCUCCUGCACUUCCCUCCUUCUCCCCUCACUGUCUCUCACCCCGCGCGCACGGCCGCCUGCCCGCCCUCCCCGCGCGCCCUCUCGCCCCCCCUCUCACCCCGCGCGUGCGCCCGCCCUCUCUGCCCGCGCGCGCCCGCCCUCUC